CACAACUAAUUACGUAAAGAGUCUCAAUCUUUCUCAAUCCCUUUGCAAUCUUCUUAUUAAUUUGUGUGAUAACAUGGCUCCACCUGCAGCAUUUUCCGGUGAAGUAGUGUAUACUGUGAGGAGAAGCCAACCGGUACUGGUAGCUCCGGCAAAGCCCACCCCUCGUGAAUUGAAGCUGCUCUCUGACAUAGAUGAUCAAGAUGGUUUACGAUUUCAAAUCCCUAUGAUACAGUUUUAUCGUCACAAGCCUUCCAUGAAAGGCAAGGGCCCUGCGAAACUCAUCAAGGAUGCUUUGGCUCAAGCUCUGGUGUUUUACUAUCCAUUUGCAGGUCGGCUCAGGGAAGGUCCUGGUCGAAAACUUAUGGUAGACUGCAAUGGAGAAGGAGUCAUGUUCAUUGAAGCCGAUGCAGAUAUCAGUUUGAAUCAACUUGGUGACCCUCUUCAACCUCCCUUUCCAUAUCUGGAUGAUUUCCUUUACAAGGUUCCUGGUUCAGAAGGAGUUGUUGAUUGUCCCCUCUUAAUUUUCCAGGUUACACGCCUCAAAUGUGGUGGUUUCAUCUUAGCCUAUCGCCUAAACCACACUAUGAGUGAUGGCGCUGGAAUAGUCCAAUUCCUAAAGGCCUUGGCAGAAAUUAUUAGAGGUGCAAAUCAACCUUCUAUUCUUCCUGUGUGGUGUAGAAACCUCCUAUCAGCAAGAGAUCCACCAAAAAUUACACGCACACAUCGUGAGUACGAGGAAUUGCCCAAUAUGUAUGAUCCAAUAUGGACCCAAGAAAGUGUGGUUCACCAUUCUUUCUUCUUUGGACCCAACAAGUUACAGGCCAUUCAUAAAUUGUUUUCCCAUAACAAUGGACAACGCAAUACUAGGUUUGAAGUUCUCACAGCAUUCCUAUGGCGUUGCCGCACUAAAGCGUUGCAAUUAGAGCCACACGAGGAAGUUCGCUUUAUGUGUAUUAAUAGUGUAAGGGGCAAAUCAAGUCCUCCAUUAUUGCCACUUGGUUAUUAUGGGAAUGCUUUUGUGUACCCAGCCUCAGUCACCACUGUAGGGAAGCUUCUCGAAAAUUCAUUGGAGUACGCCUUAGAGAUAGUGAAGAAGGUGAAAUCUGAAGCGACGAUAGAGUAUGUACAGUCUGUAGCUGAUCUUAUGGUGAUUAAAGGACGACCUUGCUUUGCUAUGCCUGGAACAUGGCUUGUGUCAGAUACGUCACGUCUUGGGUUUAGAGAUGUGGAUUUCGGAUGGGGUAAAGCGGUGUACGGUGGACCGGCAACGGCAGGAGCCGGUCCCUUUGCAGGAGUGAGCUAUUAUGUUGCAUGUGAGAAUGCAAAAGGAGAGGAAGGUGUAGUCGUACCUUUCUACCUACCGCUCAAAACCAUGAAGAGGUUCAUCCAGGAAUUGGAUAAUCUACUUGGGGAACUUCAACAAUAAUCAAGCGUCUAAAACAAAUGAGCCUUUCCUGUAGCUAGCUAUUAUAACUAUGGCUGAAGACUAGAUUGCCUUAAGUAUUGUGCAUGGUUUAGUUUUUUUUUUUAUUAGCUUAUAAUUAUAUAUGCUUGGAUUGGUUGUAGAUCCCUGUAAUUAUUGAACGAGUUUCUGUGUAUU